UGUCUGCUGUGAAGCUAUAAAGUUUCCAGACAAGUCAAAGAGGGAGAAGGAGAGGAGACUGAAUCAUGAGAGAGUACCUCAACGGUUUAUCAUCCCAAAACAUGGCGUUUACUGACUGCGUGAAACCGACUGACCAGUCCACAGAGAAGAAGGGGUUGAAGAGAAAGAACUGGAGAAACAGGAUAGGAUUUCUCCUGAAGACAAACUCUUCCCAAUCCAUAAUACAUCUCAAGAAAAACAGAUCCCAUGUGCCAAGUGCUGACGAGGUCAACCAAUGGGCACAGUCACUUGACAAAUUGCUAAGUCAUAAAUAUGGGAAAGCUGCCUUUUGCAUCUUUCUGAAGUCAGAGUUCUGCGAGGAGAACAUCGAGUUUUGGACAGCAUGUGAAGAUUUCAAAGCACUCACACUGCAGAAAGACAUGACGUCCAAGGCCAACAGCAUUUACGAGGAGUUCAUAAAAAACGAAGCUCCCAAAGAGAUAAACUUGGAUUUCCACACCAAAAACGCCAUCGUCCAGAGCCUUCACGAGCCCAACGAGAGUAGCUUCCUGGUGGCUCAGAGGAAAAUCUACUGCCUGAUGGAGAACAACUCGUACCCCAGGUUUAUCCACUCCGACCUCUACAAAGAACUGUGUGCAGCUGCGAAGGGAGAGGGCAAGCACAUUAAGUCCUAGUCAAAGCAGACGCCCACUCCUGAAGUCGUUUGUUUACUGAACUGACUGGAUAGACUGCAGAUGAUGUUCAUUCCAGGCACGGCCUCGGGAUAAUAGACCCUAAUGCAAAUUCAGAGCAUUAGCAUUAACGGACAGAGUGGAAAGUGCAAAACCGAAGCUGUUUCUUUUUCUUUUUUUUCUUUUUUUUUUUUAUAAGUUGGUCCUGCUGGGAUGCUUUCCACGAGGAAGUUGAGAUGAUUAGUCUGGAUGUUACACGGUACUGCACUCACUCCAUUUCUACCAGAUGGGAUUAAGAUUGCAUUUUCAUCACUGGGGCCAUUACCUGCACUUUCUUCACUGCGCUGUUUCAGGCAAUGAUGCACUUCAAGAAAAUACAUUCAAAGCUGAGCAGUCUGUCAAAACACUUUACACUUAACUCUGCAUGUCAUGUCUCACGGUGUCCCGACAGUGCUGUCAGAAUGUAUUUUCUGUGUUGAUUUCCUUAACACUUUAGUGCAGGGGUUGCUUAAACUUCCUGUGCAGCCCUGUUCUCCUUUAUCUGCUGUAUUUGCACCAGUUUGCACAAAAACUGCAACUUUAUCUGAUGCAAUAUCCACUGUUUCCAUUGUUGCCAUUACCUGAGACUACUGAGACGACACUAUGUACUGUAAAUGUUGCUGUGAUAUUGCUUUUUGCAUUGUGUGAUUUUAAUUUAAGCUGGCGGCAGCUGGUCUGCUUGUAAAAUAAAAUAUAUUCUCGGAGCUGAAACAUC